AUGUCAACCGUGAUGGCGCAACAUGAGACACAGGGGCAGGUCCUGCAACAUGCCAAGCAGGGGUUGGAGGGGUCCAUGAAACCUGUCAACCCUGAGAUUGACGCAGAUGAGAUGCAGGAACAGGAACAAGAGGAGGGGCGGAUGCGACCAAGCUUGAACUUUACUGGUCAUCAGCUCUUUUACGUGUUUGGCCUUGAUGGUAUGGGUGCCAUGCUUUUAUCCGGCGGCGUUAAUUUUGCCUUGGCUUACCCCAUGUACACCACCCAAGACACCACCAAAAACCCCAUUCGCCUGUUUCAACUGCCAAACACCUUAUCGGGUGAUGCCGCUGUCACCAUCAUCAUCCAAUGUAUCCUCACCUGGUUUGUCGAGAUGGGUCUCGUCAGCUACGACCUCUCCAAACGCUCCGUUCAACCCGUCGGCUUCAUACCCGAGCCGUCGCACCCAUGGAUGAGAUGGCUUUUCUUCCUUCCACCUUCUGAUCCCAGCGACUCAGAGACCGAGUCUGAAAAGGUACGACCGGUCGAGUCCAAAGUGGACUCACUGUUCAACACCAUCGUGCAGGGAGCGCUAAGAGGCUUCAUGUUUGCUGUCGCUGGGUUCAUCCUCCUAUGGCCUCUGUCUGUCGGUAUUCUGACUACUCUUGGCGAGCGCGAUGGCGGAGACUGGCGGUAUGACGAUCAUUGGAUACCGCAGGCCUUCAAGGCUAUUCUAGGUGGCAUUCUGAGUCUUUUAACAACACCACUGAUGGCCCUGUUCUGGCUUGUAAAGGCUGGUUGGGAGGGGAAUGAUGAGCGAUCCAAUGCUAGAGAGUCUCGGCGUAGUCAAUAUGCGGAUGCGCAGCGCCAAUAUGAACCUGCUGUGUGA